GUUCUAGUCCCCUGUCCCGGACCGACGAAACCCUAGAUCUUUGCCUUCAUCCCCUCCCCUCCCGCUGCGAAGCUGAAGAAGAAGAACCACCUGAGCAGGGUCGUCGCAGCCGAAGCCGCCCUACACAACCGUCACCAUGGGUCGCAUGCACAGUCGCGGUAAGGGUAUCUCAGCCUCGGCGCUUCCAUACAAGAGGACUCCACCGAGCUGGCUCAAGAUCUCGUCACAGGACGUUGAGGAGAACAUCUGCAAGUUCGCGAAGAAAGGGUUGACGCCGUCGCAGAUUGGUGUCAUUCUUCGUGACUCUCACGGGAUUGCCCAGGUGAAGAGCGUCACUGGGAGCAAGAUUUUGCGUAUCCUCAAGGCUCAUGGUCUUGCGCCUGAAAUUCCUGAGGAUCUGUACCACCUCAUCAAGAAGGCAGUGUCCAUCAGGAAGCAUUUGGAGAGGAACAGGAAGGACAAAGAUUCCAAGUUUAGGCUAAUUCUUGUUGAGAGCAGGAUCCACAGGCUUGCACGGUACUACAAGAAGACCAAGAAGCUUCCUCCUGUCUGGAAAUACGAGUCUACAACUGCUAGCACCCUUGUGGCUUAAGCUGCAUUUUGGGACCAUGAACAAGUUUUGAUGUAGCUUUUGAUUGCUGGUCAUUGAUGCACUCUCUCUCACUCUUGCUCUUGAGAAUUUCGUGUAGUUUGGAUGGAAGUAUAUUUUUUAUCGUAACCUGGGCGAGGAUAGAAAGAUGGGUUUUGAUAUUUUGACUGUACUUUUCAUUUAUUGGUUUUUAAGUUGACCUAUGUAGCGUCGUAUUAGUGAUAAUGGCUCAAUUUGGAUACAGCUUACUUGUAAUUGCUCCACAAGUUAGAGCUCUCCUCACGGUUCAUUUGGAAAAAUGUCGAGGAUGUCUUUGUUUAGUGGUAAUCGAACGACGAUCUCAUGCUGGAGAAUGUCAUAUUGAAGCAGUAGUUUGUGAUUUAUAGUUGAAUAUAUGCUUGAGAGAAUCAAAAUUGAGGUAGAUCUGAAAUGGUCUUAUUGCAGUUGUAAGU